AGUAAAUACGCUACGGCAUGCUUUCAGUUAUUGGAUACCUCGCAAUACCGAUACGGAUAGGCCCGAGGUUGUUGAUAAGGAUUCUCCGACAGUAAUUCUGGUCUCCUCCCUAUACCGGCCUCAACUACUUUGCCAGCUUCUCAAUUGCUAACUGAGCCUUUGUGUUUGCUUUGUCUAUUAGCUGGAGUAUCAUUGCUUAGUUGGUAGAGGCGUUCUCAUGUACCUGGAUAAUUGACGUCGAUGGAGACACCAAAGUCCGAGUUGAUGGAAGCAAUCCUGCUCUCCAGUUCUCUUCAUGACGUACUGCUGUACCUCCAUGACCAUCCGUAUCCUCACGUUCCCAAUCCGCCAGCAUGCAAGAAACGCGCCUCCGUGGCCCUCGUCCUUCGUGUCCGACCUACAUAUAACCACUGGCCCAAUUCGCAACAUCCGUCUCUCUCUCCGCAAGAGAACAACACUACGUCAGUCAAGCAACGCUUAAAUACUUUUUUCUCUCAGGACUGGGUUCAGAACGGUGAUCCCGAGGCUCUCUUCAUCAAACGAGCUUCCCGUGUGGGAGAUCGCUGGACUGGCCAUGUUGCUCUACCUGGAGGAAAGCGAGAUCCAGAAGAUGCGGACGACAAAGCUGCUGCUAUUAGGGAAGCAUCAGAAGAAGUAGGGCUCGACUUAACGGCGGAUGAGUGUAUAUUUGUUGGGAAUUUACCGGAGCGUGUCGUAUCUACUGGCUGGACCUCCGUUCCCUUGAUGGUUCUUUGCCCUUAUGUGUUCCUUCUAACAUGCAGUGAUUCCCCGACCCUCCGACUACAGCCAACUGAGGUUGCAUCAACCCAUUGGGUUCCUCUCAGGGCUCUCCUUUCUCCUUCGCAGCGUACGGUGGAGUAUGUCGAUAUAUCGCAGCGCUAUGCGAAAACAUCUGGAUUCAUUACCCGCCUUACUUCUCGUUACAUCUUGGGCCUUAUGGAAUUUUCUGCUGUCCGGUUAAGACCGACUGAAAGCCUUCAGUGCAAUCAGUCGUUUGGGGUUGCCGUUAAAGACGGCCGAGGACCGUCUCUUCCAAUGCAACGAUUAAGGACGUGGUUCUUGGGCAACCGAGCUGAUCCUGAGAACCAAACCCAGCCCCUUCUUCUAUGGGGUUUGACUCUCGGUAUUCUAGCUGACUUUUUAGACAUGCUCCCGCCUCACACAGCUGUGCAGCUGUGGGAGUACCCUACGUUUACCUUCCCCGAUCUACGAUUGAUUACCAGCAUCCUAACUUAUCGCCUACGGAAACGCAACAAGCUCCAGGCCAAGUCUGGAUCUCCAUUGAGCAACACAGCGGUUGGCAGUCAAACAUCUGCUGUGACUGUAACCGGUGAUAACGAUGCUGCGGACGCGAACCGUUUUCAUAAUGAAGUUGGUAUCGAGGGGCUAGGAGUUGGCAGGUAUUAUGGGUCAUCUAAGAGCAAAGAGUCGGAACGGGAUACACAUGCUGUUGGUAUAAUGCUUAAAGGCUAUUAUGCUAAACUCAGAUUGGCUAUCCAGAUUUUCUUGGCGUGGCGAGCUGCGAUAGGUUCCUUAGCUGCGAUUUACGCAUGGAAACUAUUCCGACGCCAAAAAUAAUUGCACAUUACUAAGUGUUGCCAUAUGGACAUCAUACGGAGUAAUGGACCUGUAUAUAAUUUCAAGUAUUAAGUUUAAGUAGAGUAUGAUGCUGUAUCUCGUUCUCUAGAUACAUUAC